GCCCCUCCCAUCUGGUUAAUGGGGAAAUCCCCGAAACGCACGCUGUUCACUGAAACAAAAUAUUUUGCUUUCUAGCUGCUACGGAGUUGCAUUGACAGAGAACCGAGGUGCUGCAAGAACAGAUUCAUCAACGGGUGGCGAGAUCCUAUCGCCUUCCUCCAUCCCUCCUGACUUGUGUCCAGUCCUCUCCUCCGUCCAAACGGUCCAGUGAGCUGUCGAGAAAGUGAACAGAUACAGGAUGGAAGAGCAGGAGUUCAGCGUCUCCCUGGGCCAAUGUUCCUUCCAGCAGCUUUGGGAGACCAAUAUGACACCUCAGGGGCCCAGUAUUCCACUGGUUGCGACUGAAAACUGGUCUGACCUGGAUGUCUCGAUAAAUGGCAUCCACUUACCUCCCUCACAGCUCCUUCCCGAGGCCACCCUCCACAAGGACUUCGACGAGGGGCUGUUUGAGCUGCUGGAGCCCCUGGUUGUGGAGCCCUCGGUGUCAACCCUGGACAGCGUACCUCCCCCCGCCUCCACCGUCCCCUCCACCAACGACUACCCUGGGAAGCACGGCUUCCAGCUGCGAUUCCAGAAGUCUGGCACCGCCAAGUCUGUCACCUCCACCUAUUCUGCACAGCUGAACAAGCUGUACUGCCAGCUGGCUAAGACGUGCCCUGUGGAGGUGCUGAUGGACAUGGAUCCCCCGCCAGGAGCCAUCCUCAGGGCCACCGCCAUCUACAAGAAGUCUGAGCAUGUCUCUGAGGUGGUCCGCCGCUGCCCCCACCACCAGAGCGCCUCAGAUAACAAUGAAGGUGUGGUCCACCGCAGUCACCUGAUUAGGGUAGAGGGGAGCCAGUGGGCUCAAUACCUGGAGGAUGGAAACACCAAGCGUCAGAGUGUGCUGCUGCCUUAUGAGCCUCCUCAGCUGGGCUCUGAAACGACUACUGUUCUCCUGAACUUCAUGUGCAACUCCAGUUGCAUGGGUGGUAUGAACCGGCGGCCCAUCCUCACCAUCCUGACCCUGGAGACCCAGGAGGGUCAGGUUUUGGGUCGCCGUUGUUUCGAGGUCCGUGUGUGUGCCUGUCCCGGCCGGGACCGCAAGACCGAAGAAGAGAAUGCAAACAAAGUUCUGAAUGGGACCAAGACCACCAACGGCACCAAGAGAAAGUCCCAACGGGCCCUGCCCCCUCCAGGAACCAGCAAGAAGAUCAAGAACGGCUCCAGCACCGAGGAUGAAGACAAGGACAAUGUAUUUUUGUUGCAGGUCCGUGGCAGAGAGCGCUAUGAUUGGCUCAAGAAGAUCAACGACAGUCUGGAGCUGAUGGACCACGUUCCUCCCGCUGAGCAGGAGAAAUACAAGAAGAAAGGUUCCGCAAAGAGCCUCAAGCAAGAAGCAAUGGCCCCAAAGAGCGGAAAGCGGCUGCUUACGAAGGAAGAGAGGAGCGACUCGGACUAAGGCCAGGACACCUCAGACCUUAUUCUCCCAUCUAUUCCAGAACAACAUUAAGUUGUGACUCCAAAGUAAAUGUCCAAUACCAAACCCUAGGCCCUAUAGAAAGGAUAGGUAUCAGCAAGAUGGUAAUAGCGCCACCUAGACAGCCAUACUCAGGGCUCGGGACCCAGAAAAGGGUCAAUAGGGACUGACCAACAUUUUAAUAAUUGGUGUCAAAUGAACACACAAGACAUGGCGAAAUGUGUGGAAUUGCAGGAAAUUAGCCUUUAGACAGUUCAAACUGUGUAAACAGUUUGGGGUCACAUGGGUUGCAAGUUUUUAUUGUAUUUCUUUUAUAUACGGAUAAAUGACUGUCCAUCAGGAACUUUGACGACUAGGAAAUCUGUGUGACCGGACCUUCUCAAAUAGUACUCGAGUACGAUGGUGGGAUUUUCACCACAUUUCUGAUACCAGUCCAACAUUUUCAGUACAACACAAAGUGCGUAAGUGUAGGGACUAGGGUUUGGUUUGGAAUUAGGUAAAUAAGACCCCCUCCCCCCACUGCCUUAACCAUCUGGUGUGACUUCCUCCUCAUCACCUGCCCCCCCAAACAGCACUUCAGGUUGUGCUUUUAUGAUUUGGCCAAUUUAAAACUAGUAUUCAUAUCUUGACCUGCCUAGCCACGAAGCUUUGUUACCAGUUAAUUGGCCAGUUGCCUGUUAGUAUUUUUUAUACCUGUUAAACAUAACCACUGCUGUUAUUCCUCCCCCUGAAACCUUGACUUCCACCCCCCUUUUUUUUUUUUUUUUACUUGUAGCUGUUGUUAUCAGAAUAAUGUUUUUCCAUUGUUAAAAAAACUAAUUUUAGUUUUGUAUCCAUUUUAGUUUACUCUCUCUUUUGAAGAGUUAUGAUAUACUUAGCACAUUUAUAUUUGUUUACUUCGUCGUUCUCUGAUGGAAACUCUUUUUGCUGAUGUCAUUCGGUGCUGAGACAUGAUGUUUUGUUUAGGGGAAAAAGGAAACAUUUCAGGGAACUUUAAAAUCAAAUUAAAGUGAUUUCUUAAGUAAUA